GCGAGGGGAAAGGGUAUGAUUGUUGCAGAUUUCGCUCUUAGUCUCGUUGGGAUCCAAAGUGUUUGUUUCAAGUUGUUGCACGAGGAAAAUAUAGAUUAAAAAUGCCACAUCCUGUGACUCUUUACGGACCGUCACCUUGGGGCUUUAGAUUAGUAGGAGGCAAGGACUAUAGCCAACCCUUAACAAUUUCACGGGUUACUCCUGGCAGUAAGGCAUCCUCAGCAAAUCUGUGCCCUGGUGAUAUAAUUGUAGCUAUCAAUGAAGACAGUACGGAGAAUAUGAACCAUCUUGAUGCCCAGAACAAGAUCAAGGCCUGUACUGACCAGCUCACACUUUCCAUUAACAGGCAUGAAAACAAACCCUGGUCCCCAAAUGGUUUUGAGGACGUAAACGCUCAAUCUUUCAAAAGCAAUUUCCAAGCACCUCCACAGGACUGCAGACCCACGGGGAGUCCAAAUAACAGAAAGCCAACACCAUUUACAGUUGGUGCAAAUAUAAAUGAAACCAAACCGUUUGCAAGUACACAGUACAACACUCCUGCUGCAUUGUAUGCCAAUGACAACAUAGACCACACUCUGCCGGAACAAUUAAGUGGGCUUCACGUUGCCUCUCCACAGUACACUGAGCCAUCAAAGGUGUCUCCGAAAUUGUGGAAUGAAGUUGACACUGAAUCGGAUGUUUAUAAGAUGCUUCGGGAUGGCGAAGAGCCACCAUCAGAACCCAAGCAGUCAGGAUCUUUCAAGAUGCUGCAGGGCAUGUUGGAAGCUGAACAGACAGGUGACAAAAGUGAAAGGCCAGCUGCCAUCAAAAGUAUAAAAUCCCCUGUAUCAAAAUUCAGCAAUGCUCCACCUACACUACAGAAGUUACCACAGUGUACUAGAUGUGAGACCGGCAUAGUUGGUGCUGUUGUCAAGGCACGGGAAAAGCUAUAUCAUCCGGCAUGCUUCAUGUGUUCUGACUGUGGAUUAAAUCUAAAACAGAAAGGAUACUUCUUCAUUGAGGAGCAACUAUAUUGUGAGACCCACGCCAAAGCAAGAGUGCAGCCUCCAGAAGGUUAUGAAGUUGUGGCUGUAUAUCCCAACUCCAGGGUGUAAGCUGUUGCCUUCAGGAUCUCAUUGUAUUUAAAUACUUCUCUUUCUGCUCUAAGAUCUGGAUUCUAACUCUUAUGUGCCAUAAUUUAAAUUUGAGUUAGUGUUGAAGAAAUGGGUAGAAUCAAAAUGAUCCUACAUCCAGAAAUGAUAAAUCUGUCAAAUUGAGUUGAAUUAUAAAUGUUUACCAAGCAUUUUCAAGCAAUGGUAUUAAAUUAACUUGCAGUUGUCUGUGUCAGAUUUAUUUUUUGUAUGUUUUGACUGCCUGCUUCUCUUCUGUAAAUGAUAAUUUAUGCUAUAUUUGGAUAUCCAUUACUUGUGUUUAAUCAGACUGGGAAUUAAUGGAGCAUAUUAUAUGGUGGGGAGAACCUCAAUGGAACUCUCCAUCUUUCCAUUGGUGGUAGGAGAGGUGUGCUGAAGAUCAUCGUAUGACAAUCACUUGCAAAGUCUCCUGUAUUUUCUUUAACCUGAACACUUUAUUAACAGCAUUCCAAACUAAUAUUGUUUAUAUCAGCAAAACCUGCAUGAACUAAUAUUUGCACUCUGGUGACAAAAUGGGGCACAUUCAAAUUGUUCGUUGUCAAGAUGGCUUUUGUGAAAUUUAAUGAGAAUUUUUGGUCAUUUUUUUAAAAUUUUGAAAGCCAAAACACAUACAAAACUAUGGCACAGAAGCUGCUUAUCACUACUACUUCCAUUUCUUUCAGAACUUUUGACCUUUUUGCUUUCCUUUAAUAGCACAGUAACUUGUACAGAGCUAUUCUACUUAAAUUUGAAACCAGUAUAUAUAAGAAAAUCUUUCUGAAUGUACUUCUAGAUCUUACACGUUUACUGUAGGUGGAUACAAAGAAUUACUACGGCUUACAAUUAAGAUGACCAUGUUUUUUAUUUGUAGGGAAUGGUGUCUUUACCAUGUCAGAUUAUUAAUAGCUGUUAUUUCGGACAAGAAGCUAAUAUGUGCUGCUUUGUUUCAAUGCUGCCUUCCUUAAGGAACUAAUCACAUUUGAUGUUUUCCAGAUAAUAUAUUCCUGCUCUAUUAGGAAAUGAAUUUCAUCUUGUGUAGUAGAACAUUUUUUUUAACAUCUUUAUACCGAUAGAUUGUUACCCUUGGAUUAGUCUUUUUUAAAACAUGAUAUGUGUAUUACAGUGUUAAUAGACUUCUUUCAACCAGCUGUUAAUUCAGGCUGGUUUUGCAUUGCUUAUGAAAAAUCAAAAGGCAGAUCUAAACUGUGCUGAAAUAUCUAGCUUGUGUUGCAUAUUUUUGUAUUAAAUUAGUUGGAAAAUGGAACCUAACAUGAGUUUGACAUUAUGUAGGUUGCGGUAACUCGGAGCGUGUAUGUUGUAAAUGUAACUAUUUCGCCAGGGGAAUGGGAAUAUAAAACACUAGCGGCAUUACAGGGAAAUACUGCAACUUGUUCUGUACUGAAAUAUGUGUUCUUAAUUGUUUCCUUUUGCGCCACAUUAUUUACACCUGCUCACUCUGGAUGGCUGCCUCAUUGCACAUGUUGAAUAGCAAUAAAGGUUAUUAAUUGGCUGCUUGAAUUCAAGGCUGGAAGUACUUUUCAUUCAGAACAGGUGUUGAAGGUAGGCUGUGAGAAGUCAAAUUUGAUGGGACGCAGUAAGAAUCCUGGGUAAGUGGUUUCAGAUGCUGUUUUGAAAUGUCUGUGUAUUUUGGAAGCAUCUUGCAGUAAUUUCACUUGGAUAGGUGCAACAUUGUGGUAGUAAGGGUUGGUCAUACCAUAAGGAUAUGCUUGUUUGAAGAAAUGCAGCCCGUUUAUUGCUUCCAGAAGUACUAAGAAUAGGUUUUGAAUUUUAUUAUAAUGUGGUAAAAGAGUGUGACCUUUCUUGUUAUGGGGUUGGGAGGGAGAAGGAGGUAGAUGUGCAGGGCUAAAGGGCUACAUUUGUAACUAUUCUUACAUUUGCUGCCCAUUACAUUUGGACUUGGUUUCCCUGAUGGAAAGUUAAUAGUCAAACUUGUGGGUAAUGAUUGACAUUGUUAUUGAAUUGGAAUUAGAUUGUCCUAAUGGUUUCGGGAAAAGGAAUGGAACAUAUUCUGAUUGUAAUGGUUAUAAAACCAUAAGACAUAGGAGCAGAAUUAGGCAUUUUUACCCAUUGAGUCUGCCCUGCCAUUCAAUCAUGGCCAAUCCCUUUAUCCCCUCCUCAGCCUCAUAACCUUUGAUGUUGUGUCCAAUCAAGAACCUAUCAAUCUCUGCCUUAAGUGCACCCAAUGACCUGGCCUCCAUAGCUGUCUGUGGUAGCAAAUUGCAUCAUAUUGCCUGGUAGUUUGCCUAAAAGCACACUCCAUUGGAGGGUUUGUGAGUGAUAUAAUGGAAAUGUAUGGCACUGGGCUUGAGCUUAGUGGAGGUUUGUGUCCUUUAUGAUAUUGUACAUUUCUUAUUGUUUUUGCUGCAUGUUAUUUUGUCCUGCAAUAGUUAAUGGCAAGUAUUGGGGGGGGAGGGAGUGAUUUUGUUCAUGGGUAUGAAAACCUGUACCCAUAAUAAAAGAAAACUCUCUAUGUUAAGACUUUUUUGGAUGAAGGCACGUCAAAGUAUAAGUUGAUAAGGCAAAUUGUGCCCUACCUGUGGAUGGUAGAAUUUCAGAGACACGAGUCAUAUUGUGUGAAAUAAAAAUGUAAUGUAACAUUAUUUUUCCCAUUUUCACAGUAUUAUAGUGUGUGGGCUUUCUUUUUUUUAUAACCCAGGUCUUCUGUAUAGAGUAAACAAUUUUGAGGUGGUUUCUUGUUAACUGUGCCGGUCUUGGUAAUGUAGCAUCAAUGUGAUCAAUCCUCAUCUGUCAUCCUUUCCAUAGGUAUAUUGUUACAAGUCCCAUGGAUGUCAUAUAGGAACAACAAGCAAUAGGGUCAAAGCCAUAGCAAUUACCUCUGCCUAACACUGCUAAAUUGGUUAAUUGAGACCCAUCAGAACUGUUACAUUUUGGCCCAAAUAAGCAGCUGCCCCAAUUACCCAAAGUUUCUUGGAAAUAGAGGUAUAAAAAAGACAACCUGAGCAACAAAUUAUGUAUUUAAUUGAAAUACAGAACAAAUUAGAGCACUACCAAUACUAUUACAGUACUAUAAAACUGUAUUAGUUUCUAAGUUGUUGACAGAGGAAUUAAUCCAGUGUAAGCUACCAUGUUCUUUUGCUUGACUAUAAAUGAACAAAAUCAGUGUAGAUGCCUAGCGCAGAUAACAAACGGCUUUCACUCAAUGCUUUCGACGAUUGCAUCCUCCAAAUCUUCAUUUUCAUCAUAAUAUUCAAGAUGCUUGUCAAUACCCUCAAAUUCUUUGUAGUUCCCAACUUACAGAAGUAGUAAAGUGAUUUCAAUUUACCCCCGCCUGAAUGCUUGAAACCUCAAUGAGCAAAAUAGUUCUGAUUGUCUUUAUGCUAAUUUCUCACCAAAUGUCAGUAACAAAAAUCACUGCUUUUUGAACACAAACACAUGCAACUGAUGCCAUUUUAAAACUGUUCGCUCGAAUCCCGGUGUAAUGUCUAGCAGUAUGCAAGUGUAUGUGACUGACACUUGUUAGAAACUGUUCACCAACAGUGUCCUGUCACAAUUAGGCAGCAUAGUGUCCCAACUUAUCAAAUAGAAUUCUGGCAAUUUUCACGAUUACUUUUUGUUCUGUAAGAAUUGUCCCAAAUAAGCAGCUGACUCAAUUAAACACUCUAUUACAUUAUUUGUAAGCUGUCUCAUUAUUGUUCAUAUCAGAACAAUAAAUUCUGGCGUAUAGGAUCAAUUUGUAUAUUAUUUCCAUUGUUUUUGGGUUUUUUUUCCAGAAAAUGAAUGCUCUGUGUGGGGUUAAUGAAUUUCUAAAGCAAUACAAUAAAUUAAUUUAAAGUUCAACAAAUACGAGCAAACUUCAGUGCAAUGCACGUUAGUCAAUAAAUAAGUGAGGUGGCAGAAUAACUUUGUAUCUGAAAUGCAUAUUGAUGUAUUUCAGGAAUGGUUGUUUGGAUCACUAAACCACAUGUAACUUUUAUGAAAUAUGCAAUAGUAUCUUUGAUUUUAAGGAUCUAAGUAGCAUCUAAUUGUUUAACCAUUUUGGCUUGUCACUAACACUGACAAACUGUUUUAUUGACCAAAUUUGAAGCCCAGUAUAUAUUUUAUGCCAGGUACUCAUUUUAGAAUAUUGAGCAGUUCUGAAGUGUUGUCUAAAUAUAUAUUUUCAAUGCAUAUGCUUCUUGCAAAACCUUGGAAAAAUAAAAUACCUUUAAUGUGCUGGUUGCAUUCAACCAGUACAAUCCACCUUUUUACACAAUGAACAUAAUUUGUAUCUGUUAUCUACUUGGUUCCAACGUUUCUGUAAUGGCAAAAUUGGUGAUGUUCUCUGAAAACAAUUCUGUUUUGAUGGCCGAACACAUGCUAUUUGCUUUAAAUCAUUGUAAUAAGAAAUGGAUCUGUACAGCAAUGGUAGGUAAAUGGGAUCAAUAUUUUUCACAUGCUUGUCAAAAUUUGUAUUUAAUUCAUUCAUUUCAUUGGCUGGUCAGGUUCUAUUCUAAAUUUGAAUGGUGUUUUACUGUAUCCAAGGUUUUACCAGAAACAUGUUAAAGGUUGUUGAAGGCACUAAUGCUUGCUCUUUAUGUUCCCAUUCCCUUAGACUUUGAAUGUUAAAUCUGCUACGUAUUUUGGUACAUUUACAAUGUCAUCUGGUGACAUUCCUGAUUCAAUUUUAACUCUGUAGAUUAACUCUAUUACAAUCUUCCUCUGUAUUCAGUCUUAAGUAAUUGCAUAAUUACAACACUAAACACCACUAGAGAAUGCAAAUAAAGCCAUGAACUUGCA